UCAAAUGUGGGAUUUUCCCAUGAGUCUCAAAAUUAGAGAGUCGACUCCCAAUAAAUAUGAGACUGGGGAUGUCUGUAGCUCAUUCUGCUCUCGAGCCCACCAGGAACGAAAGACAACUUCAUCUGCCCUCCAGGAACAGCUAUGAAGUUCCUCUCCGCAAGAGACUUCCAUCCACUUGCCUUCUUGGGACUCAUGCUGGCGGUGGCCACUGCCCUCCCUACCUCACAAGUUCGGAGAGGAGACUUCACAGAAGACACCACUCCCAACAGACCAGUAUAUACUACUUCACAACAAGUCGGAGGUUUGGUUACACAUGUGCUCAGGGAAAUCUUCGAAUUGAGAAAAGAGUUGUGUAAUAACAAUCCUGAUUGUAUGAACUAUGAUGAUGCAUUGUUAGAAAACAAUCUGGAACUUCCGGUGAUACAAAGAAAUGAUGGCUGCUACCAAACUGGAUACAAUUGGGAAAUUUGCCUACUGAAAAUCACCUCUGGUCUUCUGGACUACCAGAUCUACUUGGAGUUUGUGACCAACAAUGUACAAGAUAACAAGAAAGACAAAGCAAGAGUCAUUCAGAGCACCACCAAAACCCUAAGUCAGAUCUUCAAACAAGAGGUAAAGGAUCCAGAUAAAAUAGUCAUGCCUAGCCCAACUUCCAAGGCCAUCCUAAUAGAGAAGCUGGAGUCACAGAAGCAGUGGCCAAGGACCAAGACCAUCGAACUCAUCCUGAAAGCACUUGAAGAAUUCCUAAAAGUCACCAUGAGGUCUACUCGGCAAAACUAGUGUGCUAUGCCAAAGCGUACCAAACUGUAGACAUACACUGUGGUCAGAAAACAUAUCCUGUCACUGGGUAUCUACCUUAUGUUGUUCUCUACGAAGAACUGACAGUAUGAAUGUUGGGACACUAUUUUAAUUAUUUUUUUAAUUUAUUGAUAAUUUAAAUAUGUAAGCUGUAAGUUAAUUUAUGAUUAAUAUUUAUAGUUUUUAUGAAGUGUCACUUGAAAUAUUAUAUGUAAUAGUUUUGAAAUGAUAAUAUAAAAAUCUAUUUGAUCUGAAUAUUCUGUUACAUAGCCAGACUAUUUCUUGGAAUGUAUACGUUUACCUCAAUAAAUUGCUAAUUUAUAUGUGUUUUUAAAGAAA